AGCUCCAAGCUUUCCACUCACUCCCUUCGUCGUCAUCGUGCUUCCGAAACCUUGAAUCACAAAUGGAGCUCAAUUUUUCAUCCAAGGCAUUAACUCCUUGCUUCGGCGUCACACCCACCACCGGAACACUCUUAAACCCAUCAAAAUCGCUCUGCUUAGCUUCUCACCAUCCGCUUCCCACAGUUUCAUUCUCUCUCUCUUCUUCUCCUGAUGCUCUCAAGCUAACGACUUCAAGAAAGGUGGUAGCAAUGGCUGCAGGAAGCUCAAGAGACUUGGAGAUGUCGAACUUAACGGCGUUAUCGCCUCUAGACGGACGUUACUGGGGGAAAGUCAAGGACUUGGCUUCUUCCAUGAGCGAGUUUGGUUUGAUCUACUUCCGAGUACUUGUCGAGAUCAAAUGGCUUCUUAAGCUUUCGAAAAUUCCCCAAGUCACCGAAGUUCCAAGCUUUAGCAAAGAAGCUGAGGUUUACUUGCAAGGCAUCAUCGAUGGGUUCAGCAUGGACGACGCUUUGGAAGUCAAGAAGAUCGAGAAAGUGACCAAUCACGAUGUCAAGGCCGUUGAGUAUUUCUUGAAGCAAAAGUGUGAAUCACACCCUGAGAUCGCUAAGGUUCUUGAGUUCUUCCAUUUCGCUUGCACAUCUGAGGAUAUCAACAAUCUUUCCCAUGGUUUGAUGCUUCAAGAAGCGGUUUGUUCCGUUAUACUCCCAUCCAUGGAUGAGCUCAUCAAGUCGAUCUCUAUGAUGGCUAAGGAGUUUGCGUAUGUCCCCAUGCUCUCACGAACUCACGGACAGCCAGCUUCACCUACAACAUUAGGGAAAGAAAUGGCGAUUUUCGCUGUGAGGUUAAGCGAAGAGAGGAGAUACCUUGCGGAAACUAAGAUCAAGGGGAAGUUUGCUGGUGCUGUUGGGAACUACAACGCUCAUAUUUCAGCUUAUCCUGACAUCGACUGGCCUCACGUUGCGGAGGAGUUUGUUACUUCUCUUAGAUUAACAUUUAACCCAUACGUCACUCAGAUUGAGCCUCAUGACUAUAUGGCUAGACUUUUCAACACGAUCAGCCAGUUCAACAAUAUAUUGAUUGAUUUCGAUAGAGAUAUAUGGAGCUACAUAUCUCUAGGGUAUUUCAAGCAGAUAACUAAAGCUGGUGAGAUCGGAUCGUCGACAAUGCCUCACAAAGUGAACCCUAUUGACUUUGAGAACAGUGAAGGGAACCUAGGGAAAGCUAACGCAGAGCUUACUUUUCUCAGUAUGAAGCUUCCUAUUUCACGAAUGCAGCGUGACUUAACGGAUUCAACUGUGUUGAGAAACAUGGGUGGAGCUUUAGGGCACUCUCUUCUCGCUUAUAAGAGUGCGAUACAGGGAAUCAGGAAGCUUCAGGUUAAUGAAACUCGGUUAAAAGAAGAUUUGGAUCAAACUUGGGAAGUCCUCGCUGAACCGAUACAGACUGUGAUGAGGAGGUACGGUGUUCCAGAGCCGUAUGAGAAGCUGAAGGAGCUAACAAGAGGAAGAGCUGUGAAUGAAGAAAGCAUAAGAGAGUUUAUUAAAGGUUUGGAUUUGCCUGAAGAAGCGAAAACUCAACUUUUGAGGUUAACUCCACACACAUAUGUUGGUGCUGCUGCUUCAUUGGCUUUGGCCGUCGAUGAUGCUCUGCAAUUUGGACAUUGAUGAUGGUGAUCAAAUUGGUGAAAAGAUGUGCUGUUGUAUUAUUAUUUGUCUUUUUUUUUCCAAAUGAAUGGGGAGAGAGUCCGUCAAUUCAUAGAUGGAUGAAAACGGUGAGAAUAAUCUUGUACUGUUGUUUUAUGUUUUCUCUUUCAGAUUUUGACAUCAUCGAUUAAUUAAAUUCACUCUCUUUUGA